CGCGCGCUGGCCCGGCAGCAUGGCGGCGGCGGCGGGCGCUCCUCCGCCGGGUCCGCCGCAGCCACCUCCGCCGCCGCCGCCCGAGGAGUCGUCGGACAGCGAGCCCGAGGCGGAGCCCGGCUCCCCGCAGAAGCUCAUCCGCAAGGUGUCCACGUCGGGCCAGAUCCGCCAGAAGACCGUCAUCAAGGAGGGGAUGCUGACCAAACAGAACAAUUCAUUCCAGCGAUCAAAACGGAGAUACUUUAAGCUGCGGGGCCGAACGCUGUACUACGCAAAAACGGCAAAGUCGAUCAUAUUUGAUGAGGUGGACCUGACAGACGCCAGUGUGGCUGAAUCCAGCACCAAGAACGUCAACAACAGUUUCACGGUCAUCACUCCAUGUAGGAAGCUCAUCUUGUGUGCCGAUAACAGGAAAGAAAUGGAAGAGUGGAUCGCAGCACUGAAGACCGUCCAGAACAGGGAGCACUUUGAGCCUACCCAGUACAGCAUGGACCAUUUCUCAGGGAUGCACAAUUGGUACGCCUGCUCCCAUGCGAGGCCGACCUACUGCAAUGUGUGCCGGGAGGCUCUGUCCGGGGUCACGUCACAUGGGCUGUCCUGUGAAGUGUGCAAAUUUAAGGCCCACAAACGGUGUGCUGUGCGUGCAACCAACAACUGCAAGUGGACCACGCUGGCCUCCAUUGGGAAGGACAUCAUUGAGGACGAGGACGGGAUCGCCAUGCCGCACCAGUGGCUGGAAGGAAACCUGCCCGUGAGUGCCAAGUGCACGGUGUGCGACAAGACGUGUGGCAGCGUGCUGCGCCUGCAGGACUGGCGCUGCCUCUGGUGUAAGGCCAUGGUGCACACGUCAUGUAAAGAGUCCUUACAGACCAAGUGCCCGCUGGGCCUGUGCAAGGUGUCGGUCAUCCCGCCCACUGCGCUCAACAGCAUCGAUUCUGAUGGCUUCUGGAAGGCCACGUGCCCUCCGUCCUGCACAAGCCCAUUGUUGGUCUUUGUCAAUUCCAAAAGUGGGGACAACCAGGGUGUGAAGUUCCUCAGAAGAUUCAAACAGCUGCUGAACCCCGCCCAAGUCUUUGACCUCAUGAACGGAGGACCACACCUCGGCUUACGCUUAUUCCAGAAGUUUGAUACAUUCCGGAUUCUGGUUUGUGGUGGGGAUGGCAGUGUUGGCUGGGUUCUCUCUGAAAUCGACAGCCUCAAUCUUCAUAAACAGUGUCAGCUGGGAGUGCUGCCCCUCGGCACAGGGAACGACCUGGCUCGAGUGUUAGGCUGGGGCUCAGCCUGUGACGAUGACACCCAGCUCCCACAGAUCUUGGAAAAGCUGGAACGAGCCAGCACCAAGAUGCUGGACCGGUGGAGCGUCAUGGCUUACGAGACCAAACUCCCUCGGCAGGCCUCCUCUUCCAUGGGCACUGAGGACUUCAGUGAGGGCUCUGAGGUGCAACAAAUUCUCUUCUAUGAAGAUUCAGUCGCGGCCCAUCUUUCUAAAAUCCUGACCUCCGACCAGCACUCGGUGGUGAUCUCAUCGGCCAAAGUGCUCUGCGAGACGGUGAAGGACUUUGUGGCUCGGGUGGGGAAGGCCUACGAGAAGACCACCGAGAGCUCGGAGGAGUCAGAGGUCAUGGCCAAGAAGUGCUCUGUCCUGAAAGAGAAGCUGGACUCUCUCCUCAAGACCCUGGAUGAUGAGUCCCAGGCCUCAUCCACCCUGCCCACCCCACCCCCCACCAUCGCGGAGGAGGCGGAAGAUGGAGACGGGACGGGCAGCGGCUGCGGCUCCACGGGGGAGCGCUCGCUGGGGUCGGCGUGCCCCGGCCGGCCGCAGAUAUUCCGUCCACGGGAGCAACUCAUGCUCAGAGCCAACAGCCUAAAGAAAGCCAUCCGUCAGAUCAUAGAACACACAGAAAAAGCUGUUGACGAGCAGAACGCCCAGACCCAGGAACAGCAGGGGUUUGCCUUAGGACUCUCUGAGUCAGAGGAGAAAAAAGACCCGAAGUUGGAUGACAGAGUGUGUCCCACCGAGAGCUACGGGGUUACCAAGGGCAGGAGCCUCCGCAAAGUGUCCAAAUCCCCAUGUGAGAAGCUGAUAAGCAAAGGAAGUUUGUCACUGGGCAGUUCUGCCUCUCUUCCUCCCCAGUCAGGAAACCGGGAUGGCCUGCCAGCCCUGAACACCAAGAUCCUGUUCUCGAACGUUCGGGCUGGGAUGUCUGGUUCCUUGCCUGGAGGUUCUGUCAUCAGUCGCCUAUUAAUUAAUGCUGAUCCCUUUAACUCGGAACCAGAAAACCUAGAGUAUUACACAGAGAAGUGCGUCAUGAACAAUUACUUUGGCAUCGGCCUGGAUGCGAAGAUAUCGCUGGAUUUCAACAACAAGCGUGAUGAGCACCCAGAGAAGUGCAGGAGUCGGACCAAGAAUAUGAUGUGGUACGGAGUUCUUGGAACCAAAGAGUUGCUGCACAGAACCUACAAGAACCUGGAGCAGAAGGUCCUGUUGGAGUGUGAUGGGCGACCCAUCCCACUCCCCAGCCUCCAGGGGAUUGCUGUCCUCAACAUUCCCAGCUAUGCUGGAGGGACAAACUUCUGGGGGGGCACCAAGGAAGAUGAUACUUUUGCAGCUCCGUCAUUUGAUGAUAAGAUCCUGGAGGUGGUCGCUGUGUUUGGCAGCAUGCAGAUGGCUGUGUCUCGUGUCAUUAAGCUGCAGCAUCACCGAAUCGCCCAGUGUCGUACCGUGAAGAUUUCCAUCCUGGGGGAUGAGGGCGUACCCGUGCAGGUGGACGGAGAGGCCUGGAUCCAGCCUCCAGGAUACAUUCGGAUUAUCCACAAGAACCGGGCACAGACGCUCACCAGAGAUAGGGCCUUUGAGAACACGCUCAAGUCCUGGGAAGACAAGCAGAAGUGUGAACUUCCUCGCCCUCCAUCUUUCUCUCUGCACCCGGAGAUCCUGUCUGAGGAAGAGGCCACCCAGAUGGACCAGUUCGGGCAGGCGGCGGGAGCCCUCAUCCACAGUAUCCGGGAGAUAGCUCAGUCCCAUCAAGACAUGGAGCAGGAACUUGCCCACGCCGUCAAUGCCAGUUCCAAGUCCAUGGACCGAGUGUACGGCAAGCCCAGAACCACAGAGGGGCUGAACUGCAGCUUUGUCCUGGAAAUGGUGAAUAACAUCAAAGCUCUGCGCAGUGAGACGGAACUGCUGCUGGCUGGGAAGGUGGCUCUGCAGCUGGAUCCCCCUCAGAAAGAGCGGCUUGGGGCUGCUCUCACAGAGAUGGACCAGCAACUGAGGAAGCUGGCAGACACCCCCUGGCUGUGCCAGCCCAUGGAGCCUGGUGAUGAAGAGAAUGUGAUGCUGGAGCUUUCCAAGCGCAGCCGCAGCGGCAAGUUCCGCCUGGUGACGAAGUUUAAGAAAGAGAAAAACAGCAAGAACAGAGAAGCUCGCAGUAGCCUGGGAGCCCCGGUUCACCUCUGGGGGACAGAGGAGGUUGCUGCCUGGCUGGAGCACCUCAGUCUCUGUGAGUAUAAGGACAUCUUCACGCGACACGACAUCCGGGGCUCCGAGCUCCUGCACCUAGAGCGGAGGGACCUCAAGGACCUCGGCGUGACCAAGGUGGGCCACGUGAAGAGGAUCCUGUGCGGCAUCAAGGAGCUGAGCCGGAGCGCCCCCGCCCCCGAGGCCUAGCCCUGGCCCUGGCGGCCCGCGCCCCCCGCGCCCCCCGCGCCCCCGCGGCUGAGGCCGGGCCCCGCGCCGGCCCCUUCUCAUGGUGCUACUCCCUUCGCUCCACACGGGAGGCCUCGCAGGUGCCCUUUCUGUGACCGCUCCGGGGUCUCGGACCCACAACACAGCUACCUUUGAAAUAGCACCCGGCCCCGCCGGCGGCGUGGGGGCGGCCGCGCCACCUCUCCGUUCUCGCUGACCUCGCCCCGGGCCGGGCCGGCCUCCUGGGCCCCGGGCAGCCCGCGUUGGCCGAGCGGCUUCCUCGCCGCGAGCCCCGUGCUCGCGCACCGUGUGGCAUCUCCGGGGCGCGCAGACCCUGGCCCAGCCGGCAGCCUCCUGCCCGGGAAAGGUUGUGCCCGCCAGCCACCCUGGCUCUUGGCAGCAGCCCCGCGGGGCCCCCGCGGCUGUCGUCCCGUUUACCGACCGUCGGUCACAGCGACCCUGCCCCUCCUGGCUUGAGAGCGCCGGGACGCGUCGCUAGGCCCGUCCGUUUUCACUUGACCCGGAGAGGAGGCAAACCCGCUCCUCCUCAAGCCAAGUGACCGGGUGGCUGUGAUCUUGGGCUGACACAUCCCCUGCCCGUUCGCCUGUGGUCCCUUGUCCCGGCUGGUACCCUCUCAAGCUGCUGACGUGGGACGUCUGUCCCCGAGACGCCGUAGCCUCUCCUGUCUCUCCACAGACAGAGGACGUGUUUGCGUGAGCUUGCUGUUGGGGGGAGAGCGCGCUUCCUGGGCGCCGGGGAGACUCCCCUCCCCGUUCUGGGGGAGCCCGGGCUUGGUCCCGGGCCAGCGUCCCGACGGUCUCUGACCACGUGGAUGGCUCUGUCUCAUGACGCUCUGGCCCACGUCCCCAGCCCUCCUGGGCCCGGGCGGGGGAACGGCGUCCGGCUGCCAGCCAGGGCCCUAUGCCCCAAAGUGGGGGUGGGUGGGGGCGGAGCUGAGCGUCCGCAGGCCGUGCCACCCCCCGCCGGAGCUCGCUUCACCCCUUGUUCGUGCGAGGGGACUGGGCUGCCGGCGCCAUCCGGUCACCCUUGGGGGCUCUGGGGAACUCACCGCUGAACAGCCUCUACUUGCCACUUGCUUUGCAGGCCCCUGUGCCCCCCCCUUACUGGUGUGCACGGUGGGCCCCUCCGUGAGCCCAGCCGGGCCCAUGCCUCUGGUUUGGAGGUGCUCCUGCUGCUGGCCUUCCGGGCGCCCGGCCCGCUCCUGUCCCGAGGGCGGAGUGGCUGCACUGGGCUUGGGGUGAAGAGGCCCGUGCUCCGCAGGGCCACUGUGUGUGGCCUUCCCACCCCGAGUUCCGGUGCCCGUUCGGGACAUGGAAGGCAGAGAGGGAUCAUCUGGCCACCAGCAAUCACUGGCUUUCCAGGUAGAACAGGCUGAGGAAGGAGACUGUGGGGACCCGACCCUGCGGUACCAGAAUGGCACGUGUGCUGUCCUCUCUGGCAGGGACCAGGGACAAGCACGCACGCGGCGAGGGGGGUGGCGGCGGCGGCGGCUGGGGCUGAAGCUGGGGCUGAAGCUGCGGGGCCACCCCAGGCCCUCCCGGCCCUCUCUCGGGAAAGCCUGAGGGUUGGGUCAAGCAUGGUGUUGAAAAUUAAUGUGUUGUCAGUGAUGAAAACAACACUGUUUACGUAAAAACCAUUUUUCUGAUUCUAGUAAGUUAGAGGUGAAUGGAGUAAAAGUGAGUGUCGCGUGGAAGUGCAUCGCUGUGGGGCCGGCGCCGUGUCGCCCUCUGUAGGGCUGCUUCUCUGCCUGGCCCGACCCGUCCCCGCUGUGGCUGGGGGUGGGGGGGAAUCUUGGAGAAAAGGUUUUGUGCCCUCGGGUGGGGCUUACCCCUCAUAUUUAUGAUCUUAAUUUAUACAGUGCCCGCCGUGGAAGCAAAUGUCUCCUGUAUCGCUGUGUACAUACCCGAUCUGGGGGUGUAAAUAGGCUGUUCUGUGUAUAAAUAAAAUCUUCCGUUGUCAGA